GUGGCCUAACCGCCACUCACGAGCAGCAAGUGCAGUGGGACCGAGCGACGCACUUGCGCAAGACAUCUGUGUGCCAGCAAGCUUUAUUUAGUGCCUUUGUCAAAUAAUUUAAAAUUUGCAUUACUUUCUAGUUAACAAUUGCAAGAGUACUUUUGAUAAAAGUAAUAGAUUUUGUUUUUCUUGCGUGGAAGACGCGAUUUACCUGCAGGCGCGUGCAUCAAGUAAAUGUCAGUCUAUGAUUAUUUAGCAAUCACCAGAUAUGUUUUUUUAAGAAUCUGGAAUAAAGGGGCUUCAUUUGGUUAAGCAGGAUGGACAUUGCUCAGCGAAUUGGAAACUUUUCACCGCUGAUUGUCUUCCUCUUCGCGGCAUGCACACAGGGCGUCUUUAUUGAGCCACUCCGGGCUGUCACAUCGCAACGCUCGCUGGCCGAAAGUAUCACCCGGCUGCCGUGUCACUACCAGUGCAGCGUGGGCGAGAGGGUGGUGCAGGUGACCUGGUACAAGGAGCUGCGCGACGGCACCAAGGACCAGAUCAUCACUGCCCAUUUCUCAGAUGGAUACACGGAAUUUGGACGUUAUGCAAGUCGCAUGAGGUUCGAGAGCAACAACCCCACCUCUAACUCGGCACUACUCAUCCCCAACACGGAAGAGACUGACGAUGGCACGUACACCUGCCACAUUUCCACAUUCCCCAACGGAAACUUCGAGAGGCGUAUCAAGCUCACCGUGUGGGUGCUUCCCAUCGCCUCGCUGGAACCGUUGGUGUUGGUGGAGGGCCAGUCGUUCCGUGUGGCCGCUUCAUGUCGCGCCGUGGGCCGCCCGCUGCCCACGCUCUCCUGGGACACCCCAGUGCCCGGCCAGACCCACAACCGCACCAACGAGGGAGGUUCUGUCUCCAGCUAUUACUCGCUGCACCCGCUGCGUAGCAUGAAUGGCAAGAACUUGGACUGUCUGGUGCGCCACCCUGGCCUGGAGCACCCACGGAGGAUCACGAAUAAGCUGGUGGUGCACUAUCCCCCGGAUGCAACCAUCUCCGUCAGGACAGACGACUGGUUUGUAGGUCUGGAGGAGGCGGCGCUCACUUGUGACUUCACCGGGUUUCCCGUACCUGAAAACAUCACCUGGACAUGGAAGGGCAUGGCUCUGCCGGAUGGAGUCGCGGCGUCGGGAGGACGUGUGACAUUCGGUCGAGCCUUGCGUCUGGACGACGGUGGCCUGUACCAGUGUGUCGUCAGCAACGGUGUGGGCGUUGCCAAAGCCGACUACUUGAUGACUGUGACUGCGUCUUUCCUUGCAGAGAAAUCUCAGCGCAAGGAGACCGUGGCGCCUGACUCGUCCAUCCUCGUCAUCAUCAUCGGCGUCUCGGCCGCCGCCGCCGUCCUCCUCAUGGCCGUCGUGGUCCUGCUGCUUCUGCGUCACCACCGGCGCCGCAACAAAAAGCUAGUGAAGCAGCUCAGCGUCAAAACGGAGGAAGUCAACAAUUUGUCCCGACAGGCUUCCUUUCGGAGGCUCAACUCUGUCGGCUCGGAUCCACGACCGCAGUCUGAAGAUUACGCUUUGCUUAGAUCAGACAGCCGCAUGAAAACCAGCCAAGUGUCCCUGGAACGACCCAUCUACAAAGGGAGCCAGUCCACUCUGGGUGGCAGAUGGGCACCGCAGGGGAGCUUGGAGGCGGAGGGCCUCCCCGCCGUCUGGCACAAUGAAGGCGACAACGCCAGGGUGGCCAUGACAGAGUUGGAGAAGGACAACCCCAGGAGAAGGGCCAAUUCAUAUCAGAAGAGCAGCAACAUGUCGCUGGUACUGGAUUCUGGUCUUCCAUCAUCUCUGCUUCCUUUGAAAAACCAGUCAGACGACGCAGUGGGAACGAGAGACCCUUCGGACGUGCCCACGCCGGAAGAGAACUGGGGUCCGCCGACCCUGACGGCACCCGCUGCCGGCGAGCCGGAGUGCGACGAGGACGCCGUCGACUCGUACCAACUCUCCCGAGCGCUCACCAAUCACUUCUACUACAGUAACGGCACCCUCCGGCCACGGCCGCAAACCAACGGCAUCUUGUUGCACCCCCACGGUCACCUCAUAUAGGGCCAUAGUCUCCCAUGUGCGCAAGUCAUCUAGAAUGUGCAGCGGCGCGCAUUCUCCGGUCAAGUUAAACCGUUUAUAUACGUAACCGUGGUAGGCACUGUGGGUGGAACAACCGUGGGCAUUUUCACAUCUGGCCGCUCUUCUACACUCCAGAGACUGUGAAACAUGAUCUCGCACAUUGAGAUUCAGCCAGCUGUCACAUUAUGCCAAUGGCCGAGGAUCAAAAUGCAGUAUUAGCAGAUUAAUUUGUUAAAAAAAAAUAUCAGCAACGGUGGACUCGUUCACUUGCUUUUCAGCUUUAAAUGAUGCCGCCGCCGCUCCCCGAGUUUAUGUUUUCGAAGAGCCACUCGAUAGAUAAAGUCGUCGUAUAUGGCGCAUUGGGGAGUUCGAUUCGGAAUCGUUUUGUUUCCCGGUUGAUCGACGGCGCUUGUAAAAUGCGUUGAAGUGAUUCUCCC